AUUGCUACAUGAUCUAACUUAAAUUUACAAGAUAGAACUUCCCCUUUAAUGGAACAAUUAAUUUAUUUUCAUGAUCACUCACUAUUAAUUUUAAUUUUAAUUACUGUUCUUGUUUCGUAUUUAAUAAUUAUAUUAUUUUUUAACUCGUUUACAAAUCGAUUUCUGUUAAGAGGUCAAACUAUUGAAAUUAUUUGAACAAUUAUUCCAGCUAUUAUUUUAAUAUUUAUUGCCUUACCAUCAUUACGAUUAUUAUACUUAUUAGAUGAAAUUAGAAGUCCUUUAAUUACUUUAAAAACAAUUGGUCAUCAAUGAUAUUGAAGAUAUGAAUAUUCAGAUUUUAAUUCAAUUGAAUUUGACUCAUAUAUAAUUCCUGUUAAUGAAAUAAAACUAAAUAAUUUUCGACUACUAGAUGUAGAUAACCGAAUCAUUCUACCCUUUAAUACUAAAAUUCGUAUUUUAAUUUCAGCAGCUGAUGUUAUUCAUUCAUGAACUAUCCCAUCUUUAGGGGUAAAGGUUGAUGGGACUCCUGGACGGUUAAAUCAAACAAAUUUUUUAAUUAAUCGCCCGGGGUUGUUUUUUGGCCAAUGUUCAGAAAUUUGUGGCGCCAAUCAUAGGUUUAUACCAAUUGUUAUCGAAAGAGUAAAAUUAAAUUAUUUUAUUAAUUGAAUUAAAAAUUUUUCUUAAUUUAAUAUUAUUUAUGUUUAUAAUUUAUUCAUUAAAUGACUGAAAUGUAAGUACUGGUCUCUUAAACCAUUUUAUAGUAAUUUAACAAAUACUUUUAAUGAUAUUU